AUGUAUAAAGCACUCAUCACGAACUACUUAUUGAGAGAACGACGAAGUAAUUAUUCUUUCUCCACGGGUCUACAGAAAUUUCUGUCCGUAAAUUCACGUCUAUAUGACUUUGAUAUUUUCAACAGCUUUGCAUUGCUUUUCUUGUCCCUGAUAUGUAUAAUCGGGUUAUUUAUAUUCAACUAUUUAUUUGCUAGUCUGAUUUCCAGGAAACUUGCUAUUUUACCCGAAGUUCUAAGUGGUGGUCGACCAAGAUUUACUGAAGUUGGCCCUUACGUUUAUCGCGAGGAUCGUCAACGUAACAAUGUAGAAUUUUCUGGAGAAUCUCCUCCGAAAACUGUUAAAUAUCAACACAGAAUUUUCUACCACUUUCAACCUGACCUCUCUGUCGGCCCUGAUGAUCAGGGAAUCGUUACAAGUCUUGAUCUGGUAACAGUAGCCAUAAAUAAUCUUCCGGGAUACUACAAAAUGAUAUUUUUUUUAUACACGUUCAACGCAUUCAUUUCAAAGACACCUCGUGAAAUCAUCUGGGGUUACCAAGAUCCACUGAUGUCUGUUUGUCUAACUUCUAAAAUUUGUGACACAGAUCGUGCUGGCUUAAUGGCUAUGAACAAUGGUACAAAAGUUGCUGAUUUCGUGAUUGAUACCGGUGCUUACAAUAUUUCAAACGUCGGGAAAGUGCUACAAUACAAUGGAGUAACAUCUUUGAACUAUUGGCGUACGGAUUACGCUAAUAUGAUAAAUGGCACAGAUGGGAGUGUUAUACGGCCAGGAUUACAAAUGUCUUCUCGAAUAUCCUUUUUUGUGCCAGAUUUCUGCAGAUCCUUUCAUUCAGAUGCUGUGGGUUGGGCGACUGCAACUCAUGACAGUAGUGUACAUCUACUUAGAUUUGCGUCUCAUCCCGAACAAUCCCAGAACGCCACUGUUAAUCCGCUGAAUGCUGCAUUCUGUCCGAAGAAGAAGGCCGGCCCAGACUGUCCUCCAACAGGAAUGAUACCUUUGUCACCUUGCUCGAACCCUAAGAUUUCAGUCCCUAUAUUUGCUUGCCAGCCACAUUUCUUGGGAGCUGAUCCAAGUAUUCGGGCAGCUAUGGAUGGGAUAAGAAAACCUGAUGAAAAGCUUGAUUCUACUGUAUUACUUAUUGAGCCUAAUACUGGAUUUGUAUUGGAAGCUUUUAAAAAGGUUCAGAUUAAUGCAUACAUUGAAAAUGAUGGCGGUUUGAAUGAAGUAUACCAAGAUAUGGCAGGACCAUAUUUCUUCCCCUUAGCUUGGUUCACUGAGUUUGCAGUGGCUGACAAAAAGGCGUUAAGUAAAAUAUCAAACUAUAUUCUUAAGCCUAAGAAAAUAAUACCUAUUGUUUUAUCAACUGUCGGUUCACUUGCACUUAUAUCAGCCGUCAUUUUGAUAGCAGUUCUAUUAAAGCGUUAUAAAUUAACAAAAGCUGACAGUGCUUCUAUUCACGCUCAAGCUGAAUCUACAUUCAUGCCAACAGAUUCCGGGUUACGUAAUAAAACAGAUGAAAGCCCAUUUGAUCAAUGGACUGUUAAACCUUCACCAGAACACGAAUCUUUUCAGGUUAUCGAAUCAAAACCUUUGCUCAAACCUAGUGAUACAGGUGGAAAAACAGUUGUCUGA